AGGCAACUUGUUCACGAGGGUUUAUGGUGCUCAAGCACGCUAAAGACGGCGCCGGCGAAUCAUAUCUUUUUCUCAUUUCUCCAGCUCUUCGUGACCGCGUGCUCUCACCUUUCGUCAUUUGAGAAACCGCCGUAGAAGCACAUCAUGAUGCGGAGAGGCGGUUUUGCCCGCAUGAUGCGGUGCAGCGUUCCGCUGCUAGCAACACCUGCCUUCCUGGAGGCGGUGAAGCACACGCGCAACAUCGGUAUCAGCGCACACAUUGAUAGCGGUAAGACGACGCUGAGUGAGCGCAUUUUGUUCUACUCUGGCCGAAUUGGCAAGAUUCACGAAGUGAAGGGCGGUACCGAAGUCGGCGCCACGAUGGACUCGAUGGAGCUGGAAAAGGAGCGCGGCAUCACCAUCCGCUCCGCUGCCACGCAGUGCCACUGGAAAAAUAGCACCAUCAACAUCAUCGACACACCUGGCCACGUCGACUUCACCAUCGAAGUGGAGCGCGCACUGCGGGUGCUGGAUGGCGCCAUUCUGCUCAUGUGCGCCGUCGGCGGUGUGCAGAGCCAAACGCUGACCGUGGAUCGCCAGAUGAAGCGCUACGGCGUCCCGCGCAUUUGCUUCAUCAACAAGCUGGAUCGCGACAACGCCAACCCGCAGCGUGCGCUGAAGCAAGCGCAGGAACGUCUCGGUAUCAAUGCGGCGUUCAUUCAGCUGAACAUGGGCACUGCGCAAGACUUCGAAGGUGUGGUGGAUGUGAUCGAGCAGAAGGCGGUGUACUUCGACGGCCCGUUCGGGGAGACCCUCCGCUACGAGGCCGUGCCGGACUACAUCAAGGAGGACAUGGCGGCCGCCCGCAAGGAACUCGUCAGCCGCCUUGCUGAGAAUGACGAGGAGAUGGAGGCGGUCUUCCUGAACGAUGAGGAGCCGACGACGGAGCUGAUUCACGCCUCGAUUCGCCGCGCCACGAUCGCGAACAAGUUCGUGCCGGUCAUGGUCGGCUCCGCCUACCGCAACAAAGGAGUCCAGCUGCUGCUGGAUGCGGUGGAGCGCUACCUGCCGUCUCCCGAAGAGCGCCACAACUCCGGCUUCAAGGUCAAGCGGGUGAAGGACGAGGACAACAAUGUGUCGGUCGUGAAGGACGGCGAGAUUGAGCUCCUCACCGACGACGAGAAGCCACUCGUCGCCCUCGUCUUCAAGAUUGAGGAGACGAAGAAGUCCGGCUUGUCGAACUACGUGCGCGUGUACCAGGGUAAAAUGCGCAGAGAACACCUCACGAACAUCCGCUCGGGCAAGAACUUUCUUCCGCCCAAGCUGGUGCGCAUGCACGCGGAUAGCGCCGAGGUGGUUGAUGAGGUGCGCGCGGGCGACAUCUGCGCCAUCCAAGGCGAGGUGGACGCCUCCUCCGGCGACACGCUCAUGAAGGCCGGCCCGCAGUCUGGCUCGCAGCUCUUUUCCUGCGAGGACAUGUACGUCCCACCGCGUGUCAUUUCGGCUUCCCUCAAGACGAAGGACUCGAAGGACGAGGGCAGGGUGCGGGAGCGCAUGGCCGCCUUCAUGCGCGAGGACCCCACCUUCGUGAGCUACCGCAACGCCGAGACGAACGAAGACAUCGUGGAGGGCAUGGGUGAGCUGCACCUGGACAUCUACGUGGAGCGGCUGAAGCGAGAGUAUGGUCUGCAGGUGGAGUUGGGCAAGCCGACUGUGAAUUACCGCGAGAUCAUCACCGAGCGUCAGGAGUUCGACUUUGUAUUCAAGCGGCAGAGUGGUGGCGCGGGUCAGUGGGCGCACCUCAAGGGCUACAUCGAGCCGCUCCCCAUCGACAUGUCUGUGGAGAAGGGCACGAAGAACAAGGCCACAUCACGCUGCUCCAACGGCGACAUCCGCGAGUCGCUGCAGAAGUCCGUGAUGAAGCAGUUGGAGCGCAAGAUCUUUGUCAAGGGGGAGCUGAUGCACGCCCCGGUGUGGGGUGUGCACUUCCACCUCAACGGUGGUGGCAUGCACGAGGUGGACUCGAGCGAUCAGGCUUUCAAGAACGCCACCCAGGAGCUGUGGGAGACGCUGCUGCCAAAGCUGAAGCCGACGCUGGUGGAACCAUUCAUGGAUGUGGAGAUGACCGUACCAGCAGCGAACAUGACGGAUGUGGCGACCGAGUUCUCGAAGCGCGAGGGCGUGGUGACGGAGACGGUCGUGGACGGCCCCGAUGCGGUAAUUCGCGGUGAGACGGCGCUAGACACGAUGUUCGGCUUCAUUUCUGACCUGCGCCGCUUGACGAAGGGCCAGGGCGACUUCAGCAUGCAGUUCCGCGAGUACCGCCCUAUGCAGCAUUACAAGGCGCAGAUGCGCAUGGAUGAACGCAACCGCGACCUGAACCGUAAGCCCUAUAAGCUGAUCGAGUAG